CUCUAAAGUAAAUACAUCAACUCUCUGCCGCCAAGGUUGUCUCUAAUUGCCCUCAUCACCUCACGGCUGUGACUGAGGGGGCAUAAUCAGUUUCUUACUGCCGCUUUGACUCCGAUGAUCUAUCAUCUUUGGCCAGUCGUCGCAAAGUCUCAUAAGGCUGGUCAGCCUUCCUCUAUUGCCGCAUAGUCUCUUUGUGCGCUUCCUUCAAUAAGCAUAGUUGUACCCAUUUGCUGCGGAGGAAAGUUAAUUGACGUGUAGCAUAUUCUCAAGUGGUCUUGCUUUUAUUGUUCAUUGAUUAUUUUUAUUGUUUCAUUGCCACAUUGGUUAUUUGCCUUAUUCUUCCUGACUAUUGUCUUUUCUCCUGGACAAUAGUGCACUUUUAAACGAGGCUUCAUAGCAACAAGCAGGUUCAAUAUGGCGGUGAUUAUGAAGCAUAUUGGACGGGCUGGCCUUAAAGGCCGCCUGUCGCCUCCUCGAAGACAUGAUGCAUAUCUUCUUUCGUUAAUCCGGCAUCAUUCUUCCGCAUCCUCAAAUCCGCGUCGGCGUGUCUCUCGCUCUUUGUUACGAGCUGCUGGUCAGCUUCCGCAUCGGCGAACAUCACCUGUUACUCUUCAAAAGAUUUCUGCCGGUCAGAAAUCUCCUCCUCGGCUCACGUCACCUCCGGUGUUUCUCUCGAGCUUGGAGUCGAAGGCAAGCGCUCUGGAAGCGCUUUUGAAGAAUCCGAUUCAUUUCGUUCCGGCAACGCACUUGACUGCGGAAGACGAGGCAAAGAUGGCUGUUCUGAGACCAAGAAAAGUCGUACGUAAGCAUGAGACCGCCGCGCAGGCGCGGCGGCGUACCCAGACGCAGCACAUUUCCAAGUCUUGGAAUUCUGCAUACACAGGCCAGGGCGCCAAGGGUGGCCCUCUUUCCUCUCAAGGCAUGCCGAACGACAAUGCCGCAAUGUGUUAUCGUCGCAGCACGAUGCAGGCCUUGAUGCACGUGCCCAUGUUUGUUAAUUGGCUGGAGCAGAAACACCAGUCAGGACGCUGCAUGCGGGGAGGAAAGAGUUGCCUGGCAUGCCAGCUUCGACUCUUGAAAGAAGCCUACUGGCAGAGGUCGGGCCCUGGUGGCCUGUCUCAAAGCCAGCAUAGACAGCAAAUAUAUCGGGCGGUAAAAGCGCUCGAUGUGCUAUGUAGAAAAGUGGGCUGGCGCCACCCUUCGAGUGAGCAGCAAGAUGCACAGGAAUUCCUGCUAUGGAUGCUGGACACGAUUCGUGAGCAACUUCCGAGACAAGCAGAAGAGAUUGAUUCGAUGUUUUGCAUCGAAUUCGAAUCCUCUUACAAAUGCCCGAAUCGGAAAUGCAAGCACGUCAGCCGGCAACCGCCAAUGAAGGAGCUACAGAUGCACGUGCCCCUGCAACCGAAACAGCCAAGUCCACGGCUCACAUCGUAUCUGAAGCCCUUUUUCAAGGAGGUCUUGCCAGAAGUACGAUGCUCCAAGUGCAACGACCGGAGCGACAAGGAGCGCGAGCUCACCAUCUCGCUGGCGCCCGAGGUCCUGAUUCUACCGGUCAAGCGCUUCGCCAUGAACGACUUUGGCCGGCUGAGGAAGGUCCAAACGGCAGUGGACAUCUGCGAGUGGCUGGAUCUGAGCAAAUAUGCAAGUGAGCUGGAGCAGCGUGUCCCGGACACGCUGCGGUACCGGCUCAUUUCGGUAGUCCAGCACAGUGGCUCUCUGCACGGUGGUCACUAUAUCAGCGUGGCCAAGGGUCCCCAUGAAAUGUGGAGGACUCUGAACGAUGAGAUGGUCAGCAAAGCGACCAUCAGUGACGCAAUCAACCCUGGAAAGGGGUGGACGCCUUACAUCCUCACGUACGUGCGGGUGGACAAGCUCACUGCAAAUCACUCGACAGAACUUGCCGUCGACAGAAGAAGCUCGACCAUGAACUCGGUGCGGGCUUGGGGCUGCGGGAACCGCUUAAAGCUUUAUACGAAGCUCCGAGUGCCGUCGCAUAUGGGCAUAUAA